AUGGCAGGACUCUCGACCAGCCUGGGUGCAAUCGUCGCCGUUGUCCGUAAGCCUAACGCGAGCUCAAUGGCUGCACUGCUGGGAAUUGCACUCGGCGUGAUGGCCACCGUUAGCUGCGUUGAGCUUGUCGCCAAGAACGCCAUGUCCGGGGCGGGGGAUCCCUUUCUUAUCCUGGCUGCUGCUAUGUCCGGUGCUCUGGCGUACUACAUGCUGGAACCGUUAUUCCCAAAAAUGGACGAGCAUCAUGACCAUAUCAAGAAACAGGACGACCUGGACGACCACGAAGCGUUUUUCCAGCUAUUGCAACAGCAGCAGCAGCCACAGCACUCCAGCAGCGACACAGAGAGGUCGAGCCACGGAGGAUGCUAUGGUACGACGACCACGUUAGCGCAAGGAGGAUGCGGCGGUGCUGGGAUAGCCGCGGCCGGCGGCGGCGCAGGAGCAUCGUCGACAUCGGUACUGCUGGCAACGGCAACAAGCGGUGGCAGUGGCGGCCUGGCGCGUAAGGCCAACGUCGAACGGCAGCCGUCUUUUGCAGCAGGAAUGGCGGCGAUCGCGGCGCCAGGGCUGGGAGGCACAUGUACCAUGGGCGGCGGCGGCAGCAGCAGCAGCACAGCCUUGCAGAUGGAGGGCCUUAUAGCCCUGGGCAGCGGCGGCGCCGCCGGCGGUGCGGGUGCAGGCAGCGGUGGUGCGGUGGCUGGUUUCGGGGCUGCCGCCACUGCAGGCAGCGAUGGCGCGCUGUUCAUCGGCAGCGGGAGCAACUCUGCCUCCUCCUCCUCCGCGGCGGCGGCGGCGCUGGCGACGGGAAAGGGAGUGCGGGGCCCUCGGGGGGGCCGCAUGCUCCGCCUGGGUGUCCUUAUGGCGGUCACCAUGACGUUGCACAACCUGCCGGAAGGCUUUGCGGUGGCCUUCUCCGCUUUUACCGACUUUGGACCGAUCAUGGCGCUGGCGAUAGCGCUCCACAACAUCCCAGAGGGUGUCAUCGUAGCAGCGCCUAUCUACGCGGCUACGGGCAGCAGGUGGAGAGCCAUCGGCGUUGCGACAGCGUCGGGCUUGUCGGAGCCGUUGGGGGCGCUGCUGUCGCUGCUGCUGCUGCAGCCUUUCUUCACCCAGGAGCGUCUGCACUACCUGUUGGCGUUUGUUGGGGGAGUUAUGCUGGCAGUGUGCGGUAUUGAGCUGUGGCCCGAGGGCCGGAACUGCCGCAACGAUCGCUACUUUGCGGGCGGCAUCCUGGGGGGAUCCCUGGUCAUGGGCUGGACGCUGUAUGUGGAGGGAUAG